ACUAUUUUAACAGUGUAAUAUUUGCCUGGCGUCAACAAAUUUAAAGGGCGUCAAGCAAACAAAGAACAUGAGGAACUACGACUUACUUAACACACUCGUGAUUUACUACGAAUUAUGGAGAAGAACAUGUGGAAUGCAGCUGUCUUAAGGCGACAGAUCAUGUCCUCGAGUCCUGAGCUGAGAGCACUAGAAGCCAAAAUCCAUGCAUGUGCCUUGACCCGUGACAACAGUGCAGCCAUUGCCGAGAAGGAUGCCCAGCGGAAACUAUCAAAUGCUAAGGACAAACAAUAUGCUGAACUCUUGGAGAAAUUGGACUGUGAAGAAGUUAUGUCUGCAGCCAUCACAGACACUGAAAUACGAGCCAGGAGGUUGGAGACACAAAGGGUACUAAAGGAACAAAUUGCUGAGAAAGCUGCAAGUAAGGCAAAGGCAGAAGCUGAGAAGACCAUAGCCAUGAUGUCUGAGGUAGACGAAGUCAGAGUCAUGAAUCAGGAGAGAGAAGAGCAGUUGAAAAAGAAGCACAAGUCUCACACACUCAGUCGUCAGUUCCUGUUGACGCAGAGUCGGCUAAAACAACUUCAGCAGGAAGAGCGAGAUCUUGAUGACAGGAAGCUGACAAGGGCAACAGAGGAAUAUAACUUGAGAGCUGAGCUGAAGAAGGAGUUGGGAAGACAAGAGGAAGAGAUGGUGAGGCUGCAACAGAACCAACGAGAGCUGGCCCUCGUGAAGCAACUCGAGAUGGAGCAGCAAGAGAAAGAGGUUCUUCGUCACACACGUCUGGAAGUGGAGCUGCUGGAGAAGCAAGUCGAGGAGAGGAAACUCGCGGAAGAAAAGCAACGGCGGGAGGAAGCAUCGAGAAUUAACCUGAAGAACGGAUGGGAUAGCCAACUGCAAUAUAAACAAGAACAACUAGCAAGAGAACAAGCAAAAGAAGAAGAGUACAGGAAAAUGCUUCUUGAGGUGUUAGCUGAAGAGGCGCGACUCGAUCAGUUGGUCUCAGAGGCUCGGAGGCGCCGGCAGCUGGAUCACAGGUUCCUCGUGGAUCAGCUGCUGGAGGAGAGGCGAACCAUGAGAGCCACCAUCAUGAGGCAGCAGCAAGAGGAGGACCUGUAUGAACACCAGUACCAGCAGCUCAGGAAGAGUAUCUUGGAAGAAGAAGAGAAACAGCUGCUUCUGAGACACGCCCCCCAGCUGAUGCCACAUUUCACACCGCAGCUGCUGGCUAGACUCAGGCAGCUGUUGUGAAGGACUACUGCUGCAUCCAUACAUACUGGAACACCUACUGAAGUCAUACUGUAUUUGUGGGACAGUCAUAUGACUCUGAGUACUGUAGACCUGAACCCUAGAACUUUAGCCUCUGUCUGUGCAGAAAUUUACUUAGAUAAGUUAAAUUCUGGUUUAUACAGAUCCUUGGGAGUUCCUCAGUGACCCCCACCCCCUGGAAGUUCCCUCCAAUCCUUGAGACAAUAUCAUACCAACUGUGAGACAGGAUGCAGAUAAUUUAAGUAUUCUUCUGUAACAAAGACAUUUCAUUCAAAAUUGUUCUUAUAAG